AUGAAAAAGAAAGAAAAUCGGAAAAAUAUGGUUCGUAGAACACAAUACACAAACGAGUCUCGCAGACACUGGGAAAUGAUGGUGCACUGCGAGAGGGCCGCGUUUCCAAGGGCAGCGUCGAAUUUGCCUCUGCCCUCGAGCGAGGUACGUAUAUCACCGGAGGAAACCCGGCGAAUUCAAAAGCCGAGAACUCAAUUAACCCGAACGGCUAGAACUCAAUUACGAAUGUCGGUCGGCGGGAACAUGCGGUGGCUGACUUUUGCAUAGCGAAAAACAGAAGAGAGGCAUGAGCAUCUGGGCACAAUUAAUCCGUUUGCAGACGUUCGAUCGAAUUGGCCGGAAAAAUUUAAUAACACAUCUGGAACGGCUCAUCCACAAACAGACUAGAUUGGAAUCUAUUUGUCUGGAAGGUUUAUCGUUAACGCCAGACGAGGGUGUACGACUGCUAUUGGCAUUGUACAACUCCCGUAAAACAAUGAAAUAUGUGCAUUGUUGGCGCGCGUUCGAGAAAAUGGUAAGCCUCGCGAGAGAUGCUGACCAUCGUGGUGAAUCAAGAUUUUACGCGGACAAAAGAAUCAAGAUAUGCGAUUGGUUUCGCGCAAUCGGCUGUUUAGAGUUUCUCACCACCCUAUCCGUAAACUACGCAUAUAUAGCAACACCCACGGGAGAUCUGCUCGUCAGUUUGGCCAAAAAACUUCGAACAAAUUGGCACUGGUUGCAGCUACUGUGUUUAGAAGAAGAAAUUUUGCAGAAAACUGAAAAUGGACGUGAUAUUGAGACGAUCGUGAUACCAGAUACCGCUUGGAAAGCAACUCAUUUUUGGGCACCAAAACUGAAAGUACAAUAUGCUAUUAUUGGAAUACCACAAUACGACGUUCACAAGAAAUUUUUCACGAAGCAAACCCGGAUACAUACGUUCACACUAUCGACGAGUAUCGAUUUGAGAUUUCGACAACCGUGGUAUCUCGACUGCACGAUUAAAACACUUUGUGCGUGGUAUUCGAAUAGUUUAGUAUGCUUAUGCCUGCAGCUAUGGCACAAUCGACAGAAUUUGGAUAAUCAACUAAGACACCUCUUCAUUUAUUUACCAUCACUACGAUUUUUCGAAUUUAUCGGUGAAAUUCGAACGUUGAAAACACUUUGUGCUAUGUGCUGUCAAAUACGAUCUGGUCGUUGCAAUGUUCGUCGUGUUAAUAUGCAACUUCAAGAUAUUAUACAUGAUAGUUCGGAUAAAGAAAAAUGGAUCAAGUACGUAAGAUGUAUGAUGAUUUGUUUUAAAUACGAUUUUGACAGAAUGGGUGUUAAAUUUGAUAUCAACUUUUAUUGUUGCUGA